GGAGCACGGGGACCGGCCGCCGCUCGGUCACCCCCGCGCCCAUGGCCAGCGGCAGCCCCGCUAGGAUGGCCACUGGCGCCGGGCAGCCUCCCUUCCUUCAGCCGGCCUGCUUCUUCGCCGCGGCGGUGGCUGCCGCCGCCGCCGCCUCCGCCGCCCCGCCGGGGCCGCCCCCGGGGGCACCGCCGCCGCCGCCGCAGCUGAGCCCGGCGGGCGGGCAGCCGUCGCCGGGCGGGAAGCCGUCGGCGCCGCGGGCCGCCAAGCGGCAGCGCUCGGCCUCGCCGGAGUUGAUGCGCUGCAAACGGCGGCUCAACUUCAGCGGGUUCGGUUACAGCCUGCCGCAGCAGCAGCCGGCGGCCGUGGCGCGGCGCAACGAGCGGGAGCGCAAUCGCGUGAAGCUGGUGAACCUGGGCUUCGCCACCCUGCGGGAGCACGUCCCCAACGGCGCUGCCAACAAGAAGAUGAGCAAAGUGGAGACGCUCCGCUCCGCCGUCGAGUACAUCCGCGCCCUGCAGCAGCUGCUUGACGAGCACGACGCCGUCAGCGCCGCCUUCCAGGCUGGCGUCCUCUCACCCACCAUCUCUCCCAAUUACUCCCACGACAUGAACUCCAUGGCGGGCUCCCCGGUCUCCUCCUACUCCUCCGACGAGGGCUCCUACGACCCGCUCAGCCCCGAGGAGCAGGAGCUGCUCGACUUCACCAGCUGGUUCUGAAACGCGGCAGG